CUUUGUGUCCUGUAGCGCCCUCGUUCAGUGCCACCGCCACCACCGCUGGCUGUGUGUCCACGUGUAUCGUCGACAUGGGGCGCCGGCGUAUCGUGAGAACGCCGUCCGAGGAGCGCGAAUACAAGCUGAGACGUAAGGAAAUGAGGCGGGCCCGCAUACGUGCCCGGACAGAUGAACAACGUGCGAUCGAAAGAGCGAAGCACGCCGAACUUCAACGUCGAAGGCGACAGGAUGCGGCGCUGCGCGAACGCGAGGCCGCGGAGAGGCGAAAGCGUCGGGAGGACCCCGAAGUUCGGCAGCUGGAAGCGGAGGCACAGCGCGCACGGCGAGAAGAUGCGGCGCUGCGUCGUCGGGAGGCCGAGGCGAGACGUAAACGGCGACAGGACCCGGCACUUCGGCAGAUGGAAGCCGAGGCACGUCGUGCACGCCGCGAGGACGAAGCCGUGCGAGCGCGCGAAGCCGAGGCAAGGCGCGAACGCCGGCAGGACCCCGUAACUCGGCAGCUGGAAGCGGCCAAACACCGUGCCCGCCGCGAAGAUCCAGUAGUACGGGAACGUGAGAGAGAGACAAGGCGACAGAGACGCCUGAGGCAGCAAGCUGUACAAACGGGAGGACGAUUCAAUGAUAACCCUUUCGGAUAUGCAUGCGAUGUUUGCAGUAGUCUCGGGUUUAAAGCAGACCUUUCGCCUGUCAGCAGCACGCACGUACCUCUGCUUGCUCCCAAGUUUCCAUACGAAGAUGUAUCUUCAUUUAUGUUGUGCUCCACGUGCCACCGCAUGCUUCGAAAGGGCACAAUUCCUACUCGUCGGACUGAUUGCUUGCAUCCGGUGGAUCCCUCUGAGUUACUUGAAGUCGACGUUGUGUGUAGCAGCGAUGAUGAAGACUUGCAGAAUUCCUUGCACAGCCUUGCCAAACAACUCGGUUGUGAACAGAAUGCUGAAGAAAACAAGAAAACUUCUGAUGUGCCAAACAACAAUGAUGUGAAGAAUCUACAUCUUUAAUCAUGAAAGAAACUGACGCUGACUAGCGACCUUCUGUGUACAACAUCUUCUAGAAGGGAUUUAUACACAGAAAAGGUGCACAGCAUGAACCUGGAGGUCCACGCAAGAGAAAAGCCUUGCAAGUGUCCACACUGCAGGAAGCACUCUGCUUGACGCACCCACUGUUACAUGUGUCUUCUCUGUGAUAAGGGCUUCGGACUCACACAGCCUUACCCAGCAUGUGAUAAGCCCCUCAUCUGGCAAGAGGCCCCGCACGUAGUCGGCAAGAAGUUCAUGCAAUGGAGUAAUGAUAAAUUGCAUGGGAGAGUGGUGCAUACAUGUUAGUACCUAUUGCAUUGUCUGUACUGCAGAAAACAAUGCUGGAGCACAGUUAAAACUACUAAACUGACAACCCACAUCCCUAGCCAUCGCAGUCAUGGUGAUGAUAAUAGCCUGUGGUCGUGUACAGCUUUAGAAUGGAGUGGCACUUAGACCUCGGAGGCACCAAUGAGCGCAAGCUUUAAAUAGACGUCAUAAGCCGGACCACUGGUGACCCAUUUGUUGGAGAACAUCACUGGAUAUUUGAGCAGGAUUAUUUCUUAGUCGUGGAGGCAGUUGGCUGCCAUGUUUUAGUCAUUUGGGCGGGGUGUCUCUUGCCUUCCUAAGUUGUAUCUGAUUACAGCUCCACUUGACACGAGAGGUGAAAGGAUUGUGACUGCCGAAGAUGCAUGACUGAACUAGGUGGCAGAAAGGAAAGCUUGGCAAAUUGAGCAAUGGGUAAAAGAAGGAUGUGUCAGGAGUGAGUGUAGCUGUAGCAUAUUGAGAUGUGAGGAAGGAUGCUUAGUGCAUGUGACAAGCCAACAUAUGUCAGCAAAAAAAUUGGAACUCACUCAGACUCGCUCAAG